UGUGACCAUGUGAUCACACUCACUGCAGCCAGAACUUGUGACCAAAACAGGAGAAGCAGCUCGGUGAGGUCUGCCAGCCAUAAACUGCGCUUCAACGACUCCACGGUCCUUCUCCAGUGUCCUCAUCUCCGCCAGACAACAUGGACUGCGGGAUUUUCACGUCUAAGAGCGUCCUCCUCUUCCUCAGCUUGAUAUUUUGGGCUGCAGGAGCGGCAUUGGCCUAUGUCGGUGCCUACGUGAUCAAGAGCUAUAACAACUUUGACAGUUUCAUCCAGGACAAGUACACGUUGAUCCCAGCAGCUAUCAUCAUCGGCGUCAGUGUUUUGAUGUUCAUUUUCGGUCUGAUUGGAUGCUGCGCCACAAUCCGGGAGUCCAAAGUCGGCCUUAGCUUUUUCUUCGUGAUCAUCAUGGUGAUCUUUGCAGCUGAAGUGGCAGCUUUGGUAUUUAGCUUCAUCUACCAAGGCAAGAUAAAUAAAGACCUGGAGCGCUCUAUGAACGAAGUCUUCAUGAAGUACGACGGACAGGGCGCUGAGACCGCAGCUGUGGACUACCUGCAGACUCAGUUGCAGUGCUGCGGUGUGACAAAUUACACCAGCUGGUCCAACACUACCUGGUUUAGCAACAACAACAACACAGUGCCUCAUUCCUGCUGUAAGAACAGUACAGGCACACAGUGCACCGGCAGACUCGACCAAUCAGACCUGCUCAACGUACAGGGCUGUGAAGUGAAGCUGGAUCGCCUCCUACAGGAUGUUUUGGGUUAUGCCAUGCUGGUCAUUCUGGGCUUUGCCAUUAUCAAGUUCUUUGGGAUGCUGAGCGUAUGUGUGAUCACCUGUAAAGCCGGCAGCAGGAGGAGUGGCUACCAGCCUCUGUACGCCUGAGCCACUUCCUGCAACAACCGACCACCUCCUCAUUUUGCUUGACUAGGUUUGCUGUCCACUCACUCAACAGUGUACCGAAGCAUCCGGGCCGACCAGUGUACAAAUCCUAAACUCUAUUUAAACAACAUAUGCACAGGUGGCAGACCAUGUCUCUGCGAUACCAGAGCAUUCCUCCACGUAUUAAAUCAACACAGAUGUUUCUCUGACUUGUUAAUAAUUUGCUGAAUGUGGCUUUCAGGUUUGAGUUGUUGUCUAAGUUUCCAUCUUUGCAGAUUUUUAUUAUAUAGUUUUCCACAUGGCCGAGGUGUAUGUACUGUCUCAGCCCAGCUACUGUGUUAUUCUUUGGAAUGAUAGUGACGGACUUAAGAUUAUAUUUUAAGGUUUUUGUGAUUGUGAAUGAAAGAACAGUGGUUUAAUGCCUUAUUUAGGGGUACACUAUUUAUAACCAACUGAACAUGGUAUACACACACACACACACACACACACACACACACAUAUAUAUAUAUAUAUAUAUAUAUAUGAAUAAUUUUAUGGUCAGUUAACUGUAUGGAAUUAAGUGACAGUUCUUCAUAGCUUGACUUUGGUUGUGUUUAUUAUGUUUCUAAAUUAAAAAGGUGAAAAAUUCACAAUAAUUUGGAGUUUGGUGCAGUUAUAUCACAUUAUUGUAUUUCCUGUUUUUUUGUGUGUGUGUGUGUGUUUUUAUGCCUCUGCGCUGGAGACAUGGAGGCAUUAUGUUUUCACGUUGUCCUUAUGUCCAUCCUGCACUCAUGAAUACAAUAUCUCAAGAACGCCUUGAAGGAAUUUCCUUAAAUUUGGCACAAACAUCCACCUGGAUUCAGGAAUGAACAUGUUUUUGGCCAUAACUCAAGAAUUCAUAUGUUAAAUAUAAUUAAACAUCACAGAAAUGUCUACUAGGAUAUAUUUAUAUUCCAAAGGUCAAAGAUCAACUUCAUUGUAACAUCAUAAUGUUUUUGCAAAAACACUUUUGGGGCCAUUAAUCUAUGUCAUAACUCAGGAACAGAUGGGGCCACGUUUGGUCAGAUACUGACUUGGUGACACUAAUCUUGGGUGUCCACCUUUAAACUGUGUUCAUGGUAUAGUUCUUCUCUGUAUGAGGCAUCCAUGUUUGAGAAUGUGCAGCAUCUUUUGCAGCAGCAUCCAUUUUUGAAUCAUUGUCGACAGCCAUGACUUUAUAUAAGUCUGGACAGACAUGGAAGUAAACUGCAACUCGACUUAUUGUCGGAGCCAUACAAUCAGUAACUCUAGCUUAAUAUUUUUGAUUUACACAUUAAAUUGUUACAGAUGAGACAUACUGACAGGUGCACACACACUACUUUGCAAUAUUAUGAACAAAGUAAAAUAAAGAUAAGGGUAAAACAACAAA